AUGUCUAUUGACGCUGCCGCUGGCAGAGCGUUAAUGAACAAACCUUAUCCCGACGCUUGUGCCCUGAUAGAGGACAUGGCCCAAAACCACGCCCAAUGGGGGAUAGAACGAGCAACGGUGGAGAAAAAGGAGAGCCAUGGAGGAAAGCAUGAGAUAAGUUGCAUGGACAUGAUGAAUGCUAAGAUGAACGCUCUGGCCUUGAAAGUUGAAAACAUGUCUCAAAACCCUACCACAGUGGCAGCAAUCCAAUCGGAGUGCAAGCUCUGUGGAACUCAAGGACAUCAAACCAUUGACUGUAACCUUUUGAACGACUCUGGCUCAGACCAAGUUAACUAUACCCAAGGAAAUCCUUUCUCGAACACAUACAAUCCUGGAUAG